GCAAAUUGCUUCUUUAGUAUAAGUGUAGACGUAUUCUAUGUAACAGUAAAGUCAGUUUACUUUAAUUUGCAAUAUUUUAUAUGUGAAAAUUAUAUAAAUUUAUUAUUAUAGUUCGUAACACGGUUUACAACGUUGGAUAAGUAGCGGAUGUCCGGAAUAGCUUUGCCCUCACAAAUGAUCGAUCAAAAUGAUAAGCAAUGCAUUUGUGAAAGACCUAAGGGAGUUAUCUUUUGCACAUCGUGCGGAAUGUUUGAUAAAGGAAGGAUUAGAACGUCGUGCGAAAUUCAUCCGAGGAUGAUUUAUUUGAUGGAUUGGGAUAACUUCUGCCCGAAUUGCAGAGGACAAAUGACACUCGUUGAAUACCAAUCGAAUAGAAGUGAAUCCAGUGUCAUCGAGACAAACAUAUAAAUUGUAUUAUUUUUUUCUUUUUUUAAACUAUAUCAUUCUAAUAUAAUUUAUCUAAAUAUUACAUGUCAGU